AUGGCGGAGCCGUACGGAACCAACGGCGCAGUCGACGUCGACAUCGCCGACGACGGCGAGAUCAACACCAAAGAGACCCACCGGGAGGAGACUCUCUUCGGCGUUUUCCACCGUCUGAUUGAUGCUAUUUUCUUCCCCGGCUCCACCAGUGCCGGCGCUGCUGCUCCGCUGUUCCGCCGGAUCAAAAACUCUCUUGCCGAGAACUGUCCGCUGCUUCGCGAAGCUUCUAGAAACUCUGGGCGGAACGUUCUCCUCUGGACUCGCAGGGGUAGUCCUCUCCGGGCGCUCCUCGUCAUCUCUCUGGCAGUUAGCUGCCUUAGUACCUCAGCUGUACUUAGUAGCUGCAGAGCAGCUGUGUUUCUGAAUGAGAAAUCUCUUGCAUUCCCUGAGCAUUUUCUGUCUAAUAUUGCUUUCUAUGGUAUCUGA